AUGCUCCGGUCAAGCUUGGCGGACAGUCCCCUCCUCAAGGUUUCUCGGCCGGUGUCUGCAUGUUCGAGAUGCCGUUCUGCCAAAGUCAAGUGCGAUAACAAGCUUCCGGCGUGUACGGCGUGUGAAAAAGCUGGCCGUGAGAAGGAAUGCACCGCGGCCAAUGAUCAGUUUGCUCGUGGAAAGGAAAGGAGCUAUGUCGCGGCGUUGGAGCUUAGGAUAGAGAAGCUGGAGCGGAGGCUAGUUUAUGCUCGCUCCAUGAAAGCUUCAGUAGCAUUGAAUGGUCCUGAUGAACCCCCCGCUGGUGACCCGAACCGGAAAGACUCCAUGGCGUUCAUUCGGGCCGCCAUCCACAGGAAAGCCGCGCGGACCCAGGAAGAUGCAGACAUCAACACCCUAGUGUCAGACUUUGGCUAUUUAGCUGUGAAUACCACCACUCGCGACUUCGAGCCGUCUGAGUCGAACAUGACCUUUGCCCGCCUGGUUCUGGCAGCAUCGACCAACGAGCCAGUCCCGGAACCUAAGACAACAAAUUUGCCGGCGGAGCCAACUGUGCGGACUCUUGUUCAAUUCUACGAGACCAGUGUCCUGCCUCUUUAUCCAGCGUUCCCCGGCACUCUACUACAUGCUCUCGUCAGCGACCUCUACCAGGAACACCCACGUCACAUUAGGAGCUCAGAAUCCUGGUUGUUCUGGAUGGUCCUCGCCAUUAGUUCUGCGGCGCAAAGCCGGAGCCGGCGGGACGAGCACUACCAAAACGCCGUCGAGUUCGUCGGCCGUGCGCUGCCACACGCCGAUAGGGCACUACGGCCGGGGUACGGGACCCAAGUCCAAUCUCUGCUGCUCCUUACGCAGUACUCGAUGCUCGAUCCUACUCAUUUUGACAGCUGGCAUCCGAUCGGCUUCACCUGCCGUGCCGUGGUCGACCAAGGCUUACAUCAGGAUCCCCCUCACAUCCAGCAAAUGGGUCAAGAUGCCCUAAAUGAACGCCGCAGGACUUUCUACUGCACUUACGCUCUGGAUAGGGCAAUAAGCAUGGUUCACGCUCGUGCAUUCUCCUUUUACGACGAGGCCGUGUGUGUGGCUCUUCCCUCGCCAAUUCAGACAAGUACCACCCUCUCCGGCAGCACCACGGCCAAGCGAUCCCCGGAUGCCUCUAUUCCGCUUUUCAGGCUACGCCAAUUGCAGUCCGAUUGGUAUCAGACGCUUUACCAAGGCAACCCAACCGAACGCCUACCAGACAUAACCUCUUUCAUCUGGCAGAAGUACCGUGAGAUGUGGGAAUGGUCUGAGAGGCUUCCACCCGACAUGCCAGCCGCCAUUCGCGAGAUGCUUGAAUUGGAGUUGCGCUACAGCUAUGUUUACUGUAUCGCUUCCAGCGCCAGGGGGGCUCAAGUCUCGGCUUAUGGAAGGCUCCUGAUCUUUGACCACGUCAUCUCGUAUAUUGACAGGAUAUAUGACAUCGCAAAGCUGGCGGAUAAUGGUGCCGUUUACACGUACCAUGAUGCUCUCAGGGUAUUUUUCAUGGGAUCGCAGUUCGUCGCGGUUUUGCAUGAGAUUGGCGAUUUGAUUCUGUCGGGAUCGUCCAUACCCAUGCCCCCGCCAGCGCCGGGGAGACAACCUCCACCACGCCCAGUGAGACUCGACAGGGGCACCGGUGAUGACUUGGAUCGCAGUCUGCGAUGCUUGGAAAAAAUAAAGCUUACCUUGGAAUCUCACGACGAGACGAGCAAUGAGAAACGCAGCGCCGACGGGCCAGUGGCAGCCGGUGCCGGGAGCUUAGCGUGCUCGGUUCCGGCCCCGAAGGAUCCUCUUCGUCUGCGCACGUGCAACAAACACCGCGACCGAAACAUGAACUGGGAUGAAGAUUUAGGGCUGAGUGGGGAUCGGGGAUAUGGAAGAAAAGCUGGCGCCAUCUUUCGAGAGCGGCUCAGUUCCGCCAUGCGAUAA